UAGGAAGAGAAAGACAGAAUGCUGCCCGUGUCAGUUUGUUGGAUUUUGCUCCAGAACACGAUGCCGACCACCCCGAUGAUUUGGAAAACGGAUGGGUUCGCCCGACCGUCAACAACAGACCUCCACUACCAGAUUUCGAAGGACAGUCGCAACUGAACUCUGGUGUCAAUGUUGAAAUGAAACCAAUUGACUUUUUCCAAAUUUUCAUCGACGACAAUUUUUUGAACACUUGUGUUGAACAAACGAAUUCUUAUGCCUGCUUCAAGCAGCAAGCUUCAGAUGUUGGGGAAAAUGUCUACCUCGCGUCCUGGAAAGAUGUCGAUCUAGAUGAGAUGAAAGUGUUCAUAGCUGGUAAGUAGAUCUAGAUUUAGAUCUAGAUCUAGUAUAUAUCUAGAUCUAGAGCUAGAUCUAGAAUCUAGAUCUACACUAUUUUUGGGGGGUCUUUUAUGGGUCCCAUAAUUUGCCUUUUGUCUGCCUGAGUCUAGAUCUAGAUCUAGGUCUAGAUCUAGAUCUGGAUCUAGACUAAACUAAACAUUUUUCCCCCCCUCAAACUCAAAAUGUUCGUCUUUUUUCAGGGGGGGGGGGGGUUAGAUCUAUGUAAGACAAUUGGGGCUGAUUCCAUAAGAUUCCAUUUCAACCUUGGGACCCAUAAAAGACAGUGGUGUUACUGAUCUCUUCUGCAGUUGUUCUGAACAUGGGACUCGUUCCUAAACAAAAUCUGAAAGACUUCUGGACGAACAGUGGGCCGACAAGGACUCCUUGGUUUUCCAGGACAAUGAGUCGGGACCGUUUUUUCCACAUAUUGUGGGAUUUCCAUAUAAGUGAUGUGGAAGAAGAACUGGAUCAGGACCAAGACAACAGGGAUCGUCUUUUCAAAGUAAGACCCCUGAUCAAGAGAUGUUUGGAUAGCUUUUCGUCAGCUUAUUCUCCUCAGAGAGACCUCGCGGUGGACGAAGCAACCUGCCCUUUCAAGGGGCGUUUGAGGUUCAAAGUAUAUAAUCCCGCCAAACCAAAUCGCUUUGGGAUAAAACUUUAUACCCUCUGCGAGUCCUCGUCGGGUUACUGUUUGUACUUUGACGUUUAUUGUGCCCAACUUUCACCCCUGGAUGAAGCUGCAGUUUCGACAGGCUUGCCUGCCACAGCUGGGUCUACCGAAAAGAUUGUGUGUGGGCUGAUGGAGAAGGCUGGGUGUUUACGCAAAGGACACCAUCUAUAUAUGGACAAUUACUACUUAUCGCCAGCCCUCUUCCAACACCUCGCAGCGCUCAACACGUACGCGUGUGGAACUGUUCGCCCCAACAGACGUGGCCUGCCUUCGGUGUUCAGGCUUCCGGUCAAUGCCAACAUGUCUGAGUUUCAAACCGUGGCGCGUGUGAAUGACCGCUUGACCGCCAUCAAAUAUCAACACAAGCGGUCUGUUCAUGUCCUCUCGUCCAUCCAUGACCCCACAGGCCAGGUGAUUUAUAAACCUCGGCGCAAAACUGCGAUGAAGCCAUCAUGCAUUCUGGACUAUUGCUCCAAGAUGGGUGGGGUUGACCUGAUGGAUCAGGUCACCUCGUAUUACGAGAUUUCGAGAAGGUCCCUCAAGUGGUGGAGGAAGCUCGCCUUCUAUCUCAUGGACCUCUGCCUCGUGAAUGCAUUUCAACUCUACCUGAAGUUUUCUCCAGCACAGAAGAAACUCACUCAUGCUGAGUUUAGAAAAAGCAUUGUGGAGACGCUGGUCUCAGAGGCUCCUUCAGCGAGAAGGCCCACGACACAAGGUGGGAAACGUCGUGCCACCACCGAUGUUCCAGCAUUGCCGAGACUGACGGAGCGUCAUUUUAGUCGUUUCAUUCCGGCUGCUGAAGGCUCUAAGCGGAGCCACGGAGCUCGAGACUGUGUUGUGUGCAAUCUCCCAGCAGCAUCAAGAAAAGGCUGUAAACGACAACAAACCAGCCACUGGUGCCAGGACUGUAACGCCCCCCUGUGCUAUCCUGAGUGUUUUAUUUUAUUUCAUACAAAAAUGGAUUAUCAGCAAGAAGCAAGGAGACAGGAGCUGGGAGGCUACAAAAGGCAAAAGCUCCAAUAAUUGGAGAAAUUGCCCAAGGGACUGGGAGGUUUGUGAAAUUUUUACGUAUUACAUCACAUUAUGCAACAGUAAUAAAAUGCAAACACAAUUUUU